GAUAGUAUCGUUCUCGCGUCGACGGGUUCAUUCCAGAGAUCUCUGGAAUUGAAACGCUCCUGUAUAUAUGCGGCGCGCCGGUUUUCUCGCAAGAAAGCUUUUGCACUCUCUGGUGUUGGUUGUUGAGAUAAGCGCCGUCUACACUUUUCGGAACAAUGGCAUUUUGCCCACUUGGCGCUCUGGUGGAGGAGCACUUGCCGAUAGCAGAUCAUGGAUCGAGAAUUUUUUCCGAUGAUAUAUUUAUUCCAAGAAGUAUUACUAUGCCUUUACGGUCGGGAUACCUGCGUUCGUGGCGUCAUCAGCCAUUUCGUCGAAGCGGAAAAUCACACAUUAGAAAGUGGAAAGGAGGAUUCGAGGUAAAUCUUGAUGUCCAGCAUUUCAAACCUGAUGAAGUAUCGGUGAAGAUUAGAGAUGAUUUUAUUGUAAUUGAGGGUAAUCAUGAGGAACGUCAAGACGAACAUGGUUUCAUAUCAAGACAGUUUACCCGUCGUUAUAAAUUGCCUGAAAAUACUGACAUAGAUGCUGUAACAUCAAAGUUAUCAUCAGAUGGUGUUCUCACCAUUAAAACACCCAAAAAGGCACCCUUAAAAGACUCAACUGAGCGUGUAGUGCCUAUUGUGCAGACAAAUAAACCAGCUAUCGCGAAAGCAGGACAUGAGAAUCCAGAUGAUAAGCAGGAGAAAAUGGAAGCAUAAAUAAUGAACUUUAUGUGAAGUAUUACUCCAUUUGAAAGAUUCCAUUUUCUGGAAUAAAAAGACUGAUUGUGCAUUCCAUGAUUUACCUUUUUUAUGUAUUUCUUCUACUGCAACUGUAAGACUGGCUUCACCAGAUUUGAGUAAUGUACUUUUCUAAGAACAUUUUAUGAAUAAAGCACAGAGAAAUAAAGA